AUGUGCUGGCUCCUGCGCCUUGGAGAAGCAGCUGGAAAAGAGGGAGCCAGCGGAGCUGCCUCCAUGAGGAGCCACGGCUACACAAAAGGAGAGGAGGAAACGAGCUCUGGGCCACGGGAGCUACCGACAGGAACAGGGGCAUGUCCAGAGCCACGGGGAACACUCGGCAAGCGCGGCCCGGGGCGGGCGGAACACCGCGGAGAUCCCAACUCCUCCGCCGUGCCCCGCUCGAUGCCACCUGCGCGCCCGGCGCAUCGCGACACCUCACGGGACAUCGCACGACUCGCCCGCUCCGUUAACGGCCGCCCAGGCCAGGGUCGUGUGUCCCGUCCCGUCCCACACACACACACACACACAGCAACCCUCCCCGCACCGCCCGCCCCGGGCAAACUUCUCGCUGGGCAGAGCCGGUUCCGCCGUCGGCCGCCGCCCCGGAGCCCCGGCAGGGAGCGAGCGGCGAGAGCGGCCCCGCCAGCCCACGGGAAUCGCCUCCGAUGCCGCGACAAACCAAACCCUUCCCGUCCCCGCUGCGCGGCCCCCCGGGGCGAGAGCGCACCCCCCCCACCCCCCCCCCCCGCAGCGCACAGACCCGAGCCCGCACCGGCCCCCCGCAACUUCCCCGGCCCGGAGGCCCGGCCCCCGCCCCGCCGCCUUUGUCCUGCCGAGCCGCCGGGGCUCGCCCCGCGGGAGGACCCGCGGCGAAGGAGCCGAGGGACGGGGCUCGGGUGGGCCCGGGCCGGGCUCGGCCUCACGCCGCCGGGACCCGGCAAGUUAACGGCCGCCGCGCGCGCCCAACCGCCGCCCGCACCUGAGGGGGCCCGGCCCGGCCCGGCCCCACCUGCCGCCGAGGCCGCUUCCCCGCGGGGCGCCGCCGCCGGGAGCCCUCCCGGGGCUCCGGAGUCUUCACCCGCGGGCGGGGAGAAAAGUUCCCGGCCUCCCCCCCACCCCCGCCGGGGCGGCACCUGCUCCCGGCCGCCGGAGCCACGGCGGGCGCAGGGUCCGAGGCGGCGCCGCGGGCUGCUCAGGGCCGGUGUGCGCGGCCGCGUGGGGACUCACCGGGGCUCGCUGCCGUGCCGCGGGGCUGCCGCAGGCCCCGGCUCGGGAGAGAUCCAGCGACGGGAGCGCUGCCGGGGCGCCCGAGUCCCGGGCUCCACGCUGCUGCGUCAGCGCCGCCUCCUCCUCCGCCUCUCCGGCUGCGGGAUGGGGAUGAGGCGCCGCCGCCGCCGCCCGCCCUCGCCGCAGGGCGUCGCGAUCCGGCGCGGCCCGGGCGGGCGGCGCGCAGAGGCCGGGGCGGCGGAGGGGGGGGAGCGGGCGGGCGCCGGGGCCGCGGGGCGCAGCCGGAGGGGACGGGGGGGGGGAGGCGCCGCUCACCGCCGCCACCGCCGCGAACUCCCCGCAAGCCGCUCGCCCCUCCGGCCUCCUUCCUACUUCCUCGUCCGAAGCCAAUCGCCGCCCGCCGCUCCGCCGCUCGCUCCGCCGCCACGGCCAAUCGAGAGCGCUCCUGCUCGCCGCCACCGGCCAAUCACCGCGCCUGGCCCCGCCCCUCACCCCCCCCUCCACCGCUGCCCCCCCCCUACCUCCCGGUGCCGCCCCCCCCCCCCCCCCCCCCCGCUCCUGUUCCCCCCCAGUCCCCGGUACCGCGGCCGGGCCGGGGGGGGGGGGCGGCACCGGGGGGGACGGGCACCAGGGGGCACCGCCGAAGCCCCCGACCCGCGCGGGCUCCUCCGCGGGAGGCGCGCCCCGUUCCCGCCCGGCAGCGCCGCCCCGGCCGUUCCCCAGCGGCCCCCGAGCCGCCUCCGCACCCCGGAGCCGGCACCGGCCGCCCCCUGCCCGGUCACCGGCGGCCUGCGCGGGCCGGAGCCGCGUCCCCGCGGGGAUCCCGGCGGGGUCCCCGCAACCGCGUCCUUGUGCCCGGGGGCUCUGGGGCGGUGCAGCCCCGGGCUCGGUGCGGGAGCUGCCGGGGAGGAGGGAGGGAGGGAAGACACGGGGGCUCCGCGGCCGUCGUUCCACAGGCACCGAUGUAGGUGA